CUAACCAAGAAAAUCCCCAGAGCCAAGAGAAGUAAAAAAAUUCAGUAGAACUCGAUGCAGGAGGAGAAAUGCAGUCGCUGGGUGAGAACACCUUGGCAGCCCUCGCCCAGUCCGACGAUUUCCUCUCCCUGCAGACCUGGAGGGAGCCCCUCAAGGAGUCCCGCCCUAAUAUAUCCCCAAAAACGAAGGAUAAUACGUCCUUGGAGGCUUAUUUCAACGAGAGUCUAGUUCUUUCACGGUCACGAUACAGUCAAGAGACCCAGAAACAGUACCUGACGCCCCCCAGGUUGUCAAAGCGAAAAAAAACCACGAGAAAUGCCUCUCCACCCCUGGAGACCGUCGACCCUAUCGCUCCCCCAUUACCCUCAGACAAUCGUCAAUCUUCAAAAGAACCAGACCAACCCCCUCAGCCCUCCUCAUCCUCACGACAAGAUCCACCCAAAAACCAUAAAACCUUGAAAAAAGUUUUGAAGUACUCAACAAUUGCCACCUCCCCGUUGUGGUCGCCCCCCAGCCUCACAAAAUCCUUAGAAUCCUUAGAAUCCUCAGAAUGCUCUUCAUUCAAAUGUCAGAAUCCUCUCGCAUCCCUCCAGGACCCCUCACCAUCCUCAAGAUCAGACUUGAACCCUCAGUCACCUGUUCCCUCCCUGGUAUCCACCCAAGAUCGUGUGAAGCUCUCCUCCUGGGGUCUACCUCCCCCAAUCCUGUCAAAAUACCACUCUCGAGGACUCCACUCGAUGUUCCCCUGGCAGGUGGACUGUCUCUCCAUCCCCCACCUCCUCAUCUCCUCGAGGAAUCUCGUCUACUCAGCACCAACAUCCGCUGGCAAAACUCUCGUCUCCGAGAUACUCGUGAUAAAGACAGUAAUCGAACGUCAAAAGAAAGUAAUCUUCAUCCUUCCGUUCGUCUCGGUCGUCCGGGAGAAGAUGUACUACUUCCAGGAUUUAUUAUCGGACUCUGGAGUGCGAGUGGAGGGUUUUAUGGGAGGAGUUCAGCCCCCAGGUGGAAUUACUUCAGCUGACGUGGCAAUAGCAACAAUUGAAAAAGCAAAUUCCCUAAUUAAUCAAAUGAUGGAAGCAGGAGAACUGGAGAACCUGGGGGCAGUUGUAAUCGACGAGCUGCACCUGUUAGGGGAUCCUUUCAGGGGAUACCUCCUGGAGCUGCUCCUGACGAAAAUAAAAUACAUGACAUUAAAAGUCGAGAGUGUAAAAAUCCAGCUGAUAGGAAUGUCAGCGACUCUACCUAAUCUCGAUGUUCUCGCCAAGUGGCUCGACGCAGAGCUCUUCAGGACGGAUUUUCGACCAGUCCCCCUGCAAGAGCUCUGCAAGAUCGGCGCAACGAUCUACGACGAUCACCUGACACCCCAAAAAACCCUUGCUACACGUCCAGACCUCCCCCAGGAUCCCGACAACAUCCUCAGCCUAUGCCUGGAGACACUGGAAGACGGCCAUAGCGUCCUGAUCUUCUGUCCCACGAAGAACUGGUGCGAGACCCUAGCCCAGCAAAUCGCUAAGUCCUUCUGUCAACUGGGGAGAACAGAGACUCCAGCAGGUGAAAGUCUACGCUGUCAGUUGAACAGGGAAAUGAUAAUGGACACCCUGGAGCAACUGAAACGUUCACCCUCGGGUCUCGAUGACGUCCUGAGAUCGACAGUGUCUUUUGGGGUGGCGUAUCAUCACGCAGGACUGACGAUGGACGAGAGGGAUAUCAUCGAGGGGGCAUUUCGCACUGGGGCCCUCAGAGUCCUGACAGCCACUUCAACACUCAGCAGUGGAGUUAAUCUCCCAGCGCGACGAGUCAUCAUCAGGACGAUUAUGUUUCAUGGGCGACCCAUCGACACCCUCACGUACAAACAAAUGAUCGGUCGAGCUGGGAGAAUGGGAAAGGACACCGCAGGUGAGAGUAUCCUCAUCUGCAAACCGACAGAGCGGACAGCAGUGAAAAAUCUAUUGAAAUCCACCCUGCAGCCCAUUGAGUCCUGCCUGCAGAGCUCAGGACCCCUCAUCAGAAGUCUCCUGGAGGCAGUGGCUUCAGAGGUCGCUUACACCCUCGACGACAUCCUCCUGUACACCAGCUGCACAUUGUUGAGCUCAACAAGACUCCAGGAGGAAGUGGAGACCUCCACAAAAUCCGCUGUGGAUUUUCUCGUGGAUAACGAACUGCUGCUCCCCCAGGUCUCUGAAUCCGGGGAGAGAAGGUGGGUGGCCACGCAACUGGGGAAGGCAUGUCUGGCUGCCUCAGUACCACCAAAGGAUGGCCUCUUCCUGUUCCAGGAGCUGGAGAAAGCCAGGAAGUGCUUUGUCCUCGAUACGGAGCUCCACGUCAUUUAUCUCGUCACACCCUUCAGCUCCAGCAGUUUAAUUGGUCAGGUCGACUGGUCCAUCUUCCUGAAUAUUUGGAGGGGAAUAUCAGAGAGUGACAGGAGAGUUGGACAACUCGUGGGUGUCAGUGAGAAUUUCCUCUCGAGAGCAACAACGGGAAAUGUGAAGCAGGGAAAAAUUCUGGAUAUUCAUAAAAGAUUUUACACAGCUUUAGCUCUUCACGAUCUCGUCAGGGAGGUUCCACUGGGUGUCGUUUGCAGGAAGUACUCCUGCUGUCGAGGUGUUAUCCAAAGUCUUCAGCAGACAGCAGCGACCUUCGCAGGAAUGGUCACACAAUUUUGUAAGAAACUCGGUUGGAGCUGCGUUGAGCUCCUGGUGUCGCAGUUCCAGGCGAGGCUGCAGUUUGGAGUGUCCAGGGAAUUACUGGAUCUUCUGAGGCUUCCGACGUUGAAUGGACUGAGAGCGAGGAGCCUCUUCAGGGAGGGAAUCACCACUGUCGCAGAGUUGGCUGUUGCUGAUGAGAUGGAUGUGGAGAGGGCACUACAUAAGGCACUGCCUUUUGAGAGUGAAAAGGAUUCCGGGGAGGGGGAGAUCGACGCCGAGAGGAGGAAGCAGAUGAGGACAAUUUUUGUGACGGGGCGGGACGGCUUGACACCUCGUGAAGCUGCUGGUCUCAUCGUCAAAGAGGCCAGGGCAAUGGUGCAGAAUGAAUUGGGGGUCGACGGCGUUCACUGGGAGAAGAAAAACUCCAGGAGUGUUGUCCAGGGGUCUCUUUCCACGGUUGAUGAUGGGGAUGUCGUCCUGAGGAUGGAGUCUGGAGUUGAAAACUUGAAUUCAGUGAGUGCCAGGAAUACUCAGAGUGAGAGGAAAAUUCCAGAGGUUUCAGAUUGUCUCUCGAGAUCUUCGAGAGUUCAUGGAAAGAGUUCUGAGGGUUCUGGGAUGACUUCAUCGAUGAGAGACGUCGAAAGUCAUGAGAAAAUUGGGCCAGUGCCUGGAGAAACAGCUGGAGAAAUAGCUCUACUACCAGUAAAAAACCUUGAGUGCACUUCAAAACCUGAAGAGGCUUCAAAGACUCCGAUGAGUUUGUUGAGGACUUCAUUAGCUAAAUCCUCAACCUCCAGGAGUCCAAGCCUCUUCGGGGAUAGUCUGGGUGUGGACACACAAGAGUACAAUGUCCUGGAGCAAAACGUCAUAGACCUCGAUGACUCAGUCUUCUCAGAUACUGAGAUAUCAGUCUUCAAGACUUCAGGGACGUCGAAAAAUCGAAACUCCAGUAAAUCGAAACCCAGGGAAAAUUCUGUGGAAUUUGUGAGACCAGAGGCACCUUCUCGUCCCGCCUCAGUAGCUGAUGAGAACCGGAGUAAAUCUUUAGUGUGGGACGAGGAUUCCUGGAAUAACACGAAUGGGAUUAUCGAGACUGUGAAGAAGCUCCGGACACCACCGCAGCCCCAGAAGCCGAGUAAAAUCAUUCCCAAGGAAAAAUCCACCCUGGGAAAAAUCAGGAAGACGUCGAAGAGAAAGUUGAGUAGUCCAGGAGUAGAGAAAUCUCCGAUCGUCAAUGUGAUAUCUUAUAACAGUCCUGGAGGGCUCUCUACAGGGUCUAAUAAAUCCGAAGAGGACGUAAUCGUGGCUUCCCAGAAUGCAGACAGAACUACGAGCAUGAGGACGAGGACGAGGAUGAAAUUGGAGUCCAUCAGGAUCAGAACUCAGGGAACAGCCUUGAAGACCCAGGCGACGAUCCCCAGGUUGAUGCGUCAACAGAUUUCUAAUUCCGAGACUUUUGUCUGCGACGACUGCAGCGUUGAAAGUGUUGUCGUCAAUUCUGAUGAGGAAACACCGUUGAAGAGGAAUAAUCCCUCCAGAACAAAAAUCGCUCUGAAAACUCAGAAGGGCUCCCAGGAGAAGAUGGGGUUGAGGGCCCUGGAGGUCAUUGACGUUACAGAGACACGAAUAACCGAUCAGAGAAUCACAAAGACAAAAUCCUAUGAGCCAUCAAAACCAAAAUUUAAAAAAAAUAUAAAUCUUCAACUUGAGGAGGAAAGAGUUCCCCAGGAGAGAGUGAAAAAACCGGACUUCAAGAUCCUCAAAAUUAUUAACAUUACGGAGAAGGAAAAAUUCACGGAAUUCAAGGAUAAAUUAUCAACGAAAACCGAAAUAUCUCUGGCAUUAGCUUGCGAGCCGUACCUGAAGGACACAAUUACUAUUGGUACAAAAAUAAUCGGUGCCUCGACCCUCCAGGAGUCGGGGAGAAAAACCAGGAGAAUAGAGACAUGCGUUCACAAUGACAGACGUCUCUGCGGGGUCGCAAUGUCUUGGGGGGAUUCUGUGUAUUUUCUUUCUUUCGAGAACUCCGACGUGAACAGGAUAUCCAUGAAGGAGCGAAUGGCAUUUCUGACGGAACUGUUGUCCUCCAGGACAGUCAUCAGGUGCUUCUCCACGAAGGAGACGUACAAAACUUUGUUCAGAUGCUGCAGUAUUAGCCCCUCCAGUGGAUUCCUGGACCCCCAGGUGGCUGAUUGGUUGCUUCAGUCGGAUUCCCCGGAGAAAACCUUCAUCAAUAUGGUCCAGGAACACCUGCCAGAAGGCCUGGGUCUCCUCCAGCGACUGGGCCCCUUGUCAGGACCAUCCGGGCCGGGUUUAAACCUCCGGAGCUCGACUUCCAGUGAUCUCAGGGCCUCCACAGAGGCGCUACUGACAUUCUGGAUGCUCCAGGCCCUCUCGAAGAAGCUGGAGAAGAUUUCCAAGAGGUUACUAAAGACAUUUGAAGACGUGGAGAUGGGGACUGUGGUCUUGCUCGCCAGGAUGGAGCUCACAGGUCUUGGAAUUAAUCUUGAGGCCCUCCAGAGGCUAUCGUCAGUCGUUCAAGAUCAACUCUCGAAUAUUGAGGCGAGGGCUUAUUCACUGGCUGGAAGGAAAUUCAACUUCUCCUCGUCGAAGAGUGUCGCUGGAGCCUUGGGGAUGGAUACCACGAAAAAGGUCUGCACUAACAAGGCAACGCUGGAGGCCUCCAACCACCCGAUAGCCAAACUCGUGGUAAACUGGAGAAAACUCUCAUCAACGCACAUGAAGAUGAUUUAUCCUCUGCUGACCCUCGCAGGAAAAUCCUCGAGGAUCCACGGUACGUGUGUCACUCACACAGCAACUGGAAGGGUCUCCAUGCAUGAGCCUAAUCUCCAGAAUGUUCCCAGGGAUUUUCAAUCGAUAGACAACGACUCCAUCAUCAGUGUCCGGAUGGCUUUUGUGCCAGGAACGGGAAAUGUCAUUGUCUCAGCUGAUUACUGCCAAUUAGAAUUAAGAAUUUUGGCGCACUUCUCCGAGGAAGAGAGACUCCUGGAGGCGCUGAGAAGACCAGGCGAUGUCUUCAGAAAUAUCGCAGCUAAAUGGUACAACAAGGACGAGGAGGGAAUUGAUGAUGGUAUGAGACAGAGAACUAAACAGUUGUGCUAUGGGAUGAUUUAUGGAAUGGGCACCAGGAGUUUGGCUGAGACUCUGCAGGUGGACGAGGCAGAGGCUCGAGUCUUCAUGGACACCUUCAUGAGGAGUUAUCCAGGUGUCAAGGCCUGGUUGGCUGAUGUUGUGGAAGAAGCGAGGAAACAGGGAUUCGUGGAGACCCUGAUGGGGAGGAGAAGAUGUCUCCCGGGGUUGAGGAGUGAAAUACCUGGGGAGAGGGGACAGGCCGAGAGGCAGGCUGUCAAUACCAAGGUCCAGGGAUCUGCUGCGGAUCUCGCCAAGAUGGCGAUGCUUGAUGUCGAUAGGAGGAUGACAAGGCACUUUCAGGGGGCACUUGUUAUGCCAGAGGUACCUGCUGGAAGAAAGCUCAGGAGCAACAGGGAUAGCGGACUCAGGGGGGGAUUCCUGGUGCUCCAGCUGCAUGAUGAACUCAUUUAUGAGGUGAAUCAGAGGGACCUGGGGGAUGUCGUCGGCAUCAUCAGGGAGGGAAUGGAGGGCGUCGUCGGGGAUGGUAUCAAGGUGCCAUUGCCUGUCAGGGUCAAGGUCGGCACCUCCUGGGGAAAUCUUGAAGAGUAUCAAACUCACUAGGUUCUUUAUUUAAUCAAUUGUUGUAUUUUAUGUUUAGGGAAAUGAAGUUCAUGCGUUUUGUCAAAAUUUUUCAAAUUUACAUUUUUUGUGAGUUUUUUAAUUGUUUAUGAUUGAGUGUAAAUAGUGAAAUAUUUUAGGCGUUUUUUGCCGUCGAAUUUUUACAGAAGUUUUAAUGAUCUUGUGUGAUUAAAAGAAAUUAUUGAUAGGGAGAAAUCUCCGUUCGUUUUUGAGAUCAGAUUUUGUAUAAUAGUCCCGAUUUUAAAAGAAAUAGAAUCAUUCAUUUUUUUUACGCAUUAGAGAUGAAUUAUUUAAUAUUAAGCGAGUGCCCAUCGAACAACUGAAAUGUAUUUAUUUGUGGAUAUGAAGAUAUUAACGACUGAUUAGAAGAACU